UCUCUUUCAGACGGCAAAACACAUGAUUCGAUGGAAGUUAAGAAAGAUGAAGAAUUGUUCGCAAUCGAUCGUACUCCGAGUGAGCCCGUACGACAUACAAAACGACAACAAGCUGCUUUGAACAAAAUAUCUCAAAGUAUUGGCCAGUCCCACAGAAGGAUGCAUACGAUUUGUGGGAGAAAGGUAGCUUCUUCCCGAAUUUAUGUCUUCGUCGUAAAUAUUUCCGUCAUGAAUUCAGAUUUCGUACCAAAAGUGGAUAUCGAAUACAAAGAAGCUGGGGAGCAUCUUUUACGAUAUACUAAGAAGAAACUUCCGAAUAUGCCUUCCACUUGCCGAUUCAAACCUAGCUUAUUAAAUGCUGUGACGAUGCCUGAUGCUGGAGCGUCUUAUAAUCCAAAAGCGGAAGACUAUCAGAGCUACGUCGAAGAGAUCGCGAUGGAGGAAACUAAGCUUAUUAAUGAAGAGCAGCGAAUCGAGAAUGCAAGCAAGCCCAAGUUUGAGAGCGUUGUGACAUAUGCUGAGAAGAGAUUAGAAGAGACUGAAGGACUUGUAAUAGAUCCAAGAUACAACGCAGACGAUCGCGAUGAGGUGGAGGACCAGAAUGAUGUUGAAAUGGAGCACGUGGACGAGAAAAGUGAGCUUUGUAGCCUCGUAAAACAGAAAGCAAAUGCGCUCAAAGAGAAGAAGUUACAGCGUGAACAUAAACGGCGAAAAGAGGUGGAGAAAGCCCAGCAUGAUGUCUACAGAGCCAAGAGUAUCAACAAAGCAUUGGAACAAGCCGAGAAGGAAUCUCUCGAGAAGUCUGUGAAGAGAAAGAAACAAAAAUUUUUGGAAAAGAUGACCACGAGGCAACGUCUGGGACGUGGAGAAUUCAAGGAUUAUGAGGAGCCAUUUUUACUUCAGGAGGAAUUGGCCGACUCCCUUCGAUUGUUGAAACCACAAGGGCAUGUUCUGAAUGAACGUAUGGCUGGUUUGCAAAAGAGGAAUAUGUUGCCUAUUGGUGGCGAACGAAACAAGAAGAAGUUAAAGACGAAACUGAAGAAGAAGUUUGUGGAGAAACGAUCCGUGGCGGAAGUAACAAAAGGAAGUCGUGUUAUAUAG